CAGUCCUUGUUUACAUUCCACAACGCUAGUGUUGCUAGUCUGGCUGACGCUACGGUGUCUCCGUAUUACAUUCCUUGAGUUCAAUUUUAAGCCCCAAGUUACCGCAUUGUUCCUCUCACACUAAGCAACACACUACCAUCAAUCUAAGGAAGAUGAGGGAGGAGAAGAAAGUGCAUCAGUAGCAAUAUAACUUGUGAAUAAGAGUCAGGGUUAUCCUUUAUAAAACAAAAUGGAUGAUCUACCGAAGGAGGAACUUAAUGGGUUAAGAUUCAUUAUGGCUGUUAACGUCUGUGGCCGACAUGUCAUGUAUAAAACUUUCCGAUGGGGAACCCCAGAUAAACCUGAUAAUGUGAAGCUGGAUGAAUACUUAAAUAAUUUGAAGUCAACAUCAACAGCAAACUACUCGAAGUUGACAGGGAAAAGCAAAAAGUUCAAUAAAACGCAAAAGGAGUUGAUCAAUAAAAGUUCAGAUGGAUCCAUGUUUGAUGUCUCAAUGCUCCAUCUAAGCAUCAAACUUGCCUGUGAGAAUGUAGCCCUUUUCGAUGACGAAAAAUGGUGGAAUCCAAGUGGUGAAAUGGAGUAUUACAUCUCUGCUAUAAAGAAAGUUCGGAAUGAUGUGCUUCACGGUCAACUUGCUGUGACUGAUAAAGAACUUUUUGAAAAGAUUAUUGAGUUUCGAGAGCUUUUAAUUAACUGUCUUAAGACAUCGGGAGAUCGGUAUAUGCAGGACCAGAAUGAAGUGGAUAUUGAGAUGAAGAAACUCAAUGAUGAUCUGGACAUUAUCAUGGAAAAGACUCUUGGCAUGGAGGAUAUAGUGACACAUAUUAGUGAUGAUGUAAAGCAACUUAUGCUAGAUGAAAGCAGUAAAAUACUGAAGGAGGCUUUUCAAAAAAUUCGUUAUGUAAACCCAGUGUCCUUUAUCACCGAUGAUGUACUCCUUAAAGUAGAUGAUAUAUUUGUUGAUGUCGAGGUCAAAGAGGGUAAACGUGGAGGUGACGGUAAACAUGUAAACUACAAAGAUCUUCUCCAAAUUGUUCAUAACAUAUCAGCACCUUCGUCCCAGAGUUCUGCCACACUACAACAGGAUCCAUUAACAAGACCUAAAAUGCUCUUACUUGAAGGUUUGGCAGGCAGCGGCAAGACUACUUUAGUGAAGCUAGUGGCAGAGGAAUGGAUACAAGGUAGUCAAGGCAACCUGAAGGGCUUAGAUAAUUAUGAACUUCUACUGUGGGUGCAAUGCAGGGAUCACUCUGUCAACUCCUACCAGUGCCUUCUAAACUCCCUGAUGCCAGAUGUGUCCAUAAACUUCAAGAACCUUCUUCCAAAGAUAAUGAAUCUUUGUAGGAUCAUAAUUAUCAUUGAUGGUCUUGAUGAGAUGAAUACAAAUUCUAUAAAACUCGUGGAAAGCCUUUUACACGAAUAUCAGAAUUCCUCUCACACAACUUUUUUAUGCACAUCUAGACCAGAAAAAGUUGACAUGUUCAUGAGGAUGAUCCCUGAAGAAUACGAUGUGAAGAAUGCUGAACUACAAGGAAUAACUAAACAACUAUUGCCAGAAUUUGUGCGUCGGACUCAUCAAGAGAUAUCCCAAAAAACGAAGAGUAAUCGAAGCACUAACAAACUUGUAGGCGAAGUAAUGAGACUAUCAAGUCUUCAUGAACAUUUGAAAUUGCCAAUGAAUUUGACAUUUUUCAUUUACAUUUGGGACACGAAGACAGACAAUUUAAACACAAUGCCUGUCACUCAAACGGAGCUUUACUAUGAAAUUCAUUUGUUGUGUCAAGAGAAGUUAAAGGAGAAAUUGGUGACCAUAUCUGCGAAGAUGAACACCAUGAAUAAAGAGGACCUGGAUUCAAAGGUCAAUACCAUUUUGAAAAAGAUAUAUGUAAUUUCACUGAAGACCCUAUCAAUUGACCAACUGACCCUUGAGAAUUCAACGGUAGAUAAGUUGCACUUAGAUUGUAAUAAUCUAGGUUUGCCUUCUGACGAGGUUUUUUCGGCAUUCUUCAAUUUGAAACCCAUUUGGACAUGGCGAGGCGUCGAGGAGCAAUAUUCUGCACCCCAUAAAGGAAUCCAAGACUACUACAGUGCUCUACAUAUUGUUAUAGCGCUCAAGGAGCAAUCUUCUGGUAUUCCAGACUUCUAUAACCAGAGUGUUCCUGAUACCGAUACUGCACCCUCGUUAACAACACCGGAUUCGUUUGGCAAGAUCAAAGAAGUGCUGGAACAGACUCUCAAACCAGUCGCAGUAGACAUGACCAAGUUAGUGAAUGUUUUUGUACACGUGGCCGGACUGCUGCACUUGUUCUUCGAUCAGGUACCUGAGUCCUUCGCAUUAGAAAUUGUUCGUCUUCUACGUGAGUCCGGGGUAAAGAACGAGUACCGUUGGCUUAAUAUUCUUGAAAACACGAAGAUGAAUACAGUGACAUGCCAAGCUAUAGCUGACAACAUCAAUACUAAACGGAAUAUAAAAAUAGAAGAUAAAAGUGUAGGGAGCUAUGCAGCUCUCCUGCCAUACAUCAAGCCUUCUAAGAUACGUAUUACUCUCUAUGAUGAUCCUGGUGACCUGCCUCGCCUACCAGAGUUAUUGUCUAGCCUCAAGCGCCAUCACUGCACUCUUUUCACUCUGUCUCAUCAUUAUGGUUAUGCAGAAACAGCCACUACCUCUGAUGACAUCCUCAGACUUGUGCAGCCUCGGGAUCAGCUGGAGGAGUUCACUGGUCUUCUGAGUGGUGAUGGAGUGGCACUGCUGCCCCCUAGCUUGAAGCAACUCCGCCUGGCUGUUGUUAGUGACGACCAUGCUUGCCAUUUUCUGUCACUGCUACAUGCUGCUAUAUCCUCCUCACUACCUAGACUUACACAGCUGACUUAUAACGUAUCACCUGAAGUAUCAGCAGCAUCAGUGAAAACUGACGAGUCACUACCCAGCAGAGUGAAGGUUCAUCUCCGCAUGAAAGAUAUGACCAACGAUGCUGUGAGUCGUGUGUGUGACCUGGCCCAGGAGCUGCAACCCCCAGAUGGGUACUAUUCCCUGGAGUUCCCCGGCGCCAUACUCACAGAAGAAGGCUGGCGUCACUUCGUGGAGAGCCUUGAUCACAGCGGAGUCAAGGUCAGGGAGGAGAUCAAAGUUCCAGACUCCACCAGACUUACAAAUAGUCAAUUCGUUGAGCUCGCUAAACUGGUUGACAAAACCCUUAGAUGUAAAAUUUGGGAUGGCGCGCGUAUUGACGAAUUCUUGGAUGAAAUGCUGGAGAUGGAAAAGGAAGCAUGGAAGUAAAGCGAUUGGAAGAGGCUUCGAGGCUUACAAGAAUAAAACCCAGUGCUACAUCUAUCACCUAUAUUCAAGAUUUCUCUCUUAGAAAAGAGAGACACUGACUGGAGGAUAAUACUUUUAGAAACCUCACACCUCCUUCUAAUCUCCAAGCUACGGAUUAUCUACAUAAUAUUCACAUAAUAUUCAGCCUUCUUGUUGCAAUAUUCACCACCUAUGCUUCACACCCACAUAAGAGCAUUGGUAUAACUAUGUUCAUACAUUUCCCUCUUUGUUUCCAUGUAUAACAUUGUUUGUCUCCACAGACUCCUCAGUGCUCCACUUACCUUUUUCCUUUCAUCAAUCCUAUUACUCACUCCGUCUUCCAUAGACCCAUCUGCUGACAAAUCCACUCCCUAAUAUCCGAAUAUAUUCACUUCCUCUAUACUCUCUCCCUCAAAUUUGAUAUCCAAUCUUUCAUUACCUAGAUUUUUUAUCCUCACGUUGCUCUUUCCUAUGUACACUUUUGAUUUCCUUCUUUUACAUACCUUUCCAAACACAUCCACCAACCUCUGCAACUUCUCUUCAGAAUCUCCCAAAAGCACAGUGUCAUCAGCAAAAACCAACUGUGGCAACUCCCACUUUGUGUUAGAUUCUCUGUCUCUUAAUCCCACACUUGUUACCAUCUAUAAAUAUACUGGACAACCAUGGUGACAUCAUGCAUCCUUGUGUAAGGCCUACUUUUACUGGGAAAUAAUCAUCCUCUCACGCAUAUACUCUAACCUGAGCCUCAGUAUCCUCGUUAAAUCUCUUAACUGCUUUAAGUAAUCUACCUCCUAUUCCACAUAUUUGCUCAUCUGCCACAUUGCUACCCUAUCCACCCUAUCAUAUGCCGUUUCCAAAUCAAUAAAGGCAACGAAACCUUCUUUACCUUAUCUAUCUAGAUACUGUUCAAUGUCAACACUUAGUCUAUACAUCUCCUUCCCUUCCUAAAGCUUCUUCAUCUACGAUCAUGCUCACCAUCUUCCUCUAACUUUUUUUCAGGAAUAACUUUACCACCAUAUACCUUAUACCAUAAAAGGUGUGUGU